AUGGCGCUUCUAGUACAGUUCCUUACUCAGAUUCGCACAUUUGUGCGCGCCCAAAACAGCGACGAACUCCGCAAUUGGCUCCAGGUUGAGCCGAACGCGCAUCAACAGUAUCACCAACUCGCGGCCGAGCUGCGCAACCAGUUCCGUUCGGGAAGCGGACUCGAAGACACGAUUGAAAAAUGCCUACCGGAAGAGGACGACGUGCCGGAAGGCCAGGGCUCGCCGUGGCCGGGCUUCAUCACGUUCAUGAAGGAUUAUAUGCUCUUCUGGCGCGAUGUCGACUACGACGAUCUGCUCGGCGCACAUACCCUGCUGAGCGGGCUGGUCAACUCCUGCAGCACCGCCUUCGCCCACCCAACCUAUGGCGGCAUGCUCCUCAAAACGGCAAUGUCACUGUGCGAGUCCCUAUCGCGCCUCACCAUGAUGCUCAGCAAGCGUCCCGACCUGACCCGUAAAAUCCGCAACGUCGACGCAGACGACCGCAAGUCCAUCGCCGAGACUUCGGCUGAGAUCAUCCAAAAGAUCUUCACCACCUGCCUGACAGACCGUUCCAGUACCCGUUACAGCAAGCCCGAGGGGAAGAAGGUUGGCGUGUACAUGUUCGCCAACCUCGUGCUCAAACUCCUCUUUGCCUGCCGGAGAACUCACCUUGCAAAGCAAAUCUUUACAAAUAUCUCCACAAACUCGCCCCCUCUGUCCCUCUAUCCGGCAGCCCAGCGCGUCACCUUCCUCUACUACCUCGGCCGCUUCAACCUCGCAAACUGCCACUUUGUCCGCGCAGCUCUCUGCCUCGAAGAGGCCUACCUCCAAAUCCCGCCCGCGUUGACAUCACACCGCUGCCUGGUGCUCAGCUACCUCAUCCCCUGCAACCUCCUCCUCGGUCGCCUGCCCUCCAAGGUCCUCCUCUCACGCCCAGAGUCCGCCACCCUCGCCCCGAUCUUCCACCCCCUAUCCCAGGCGAUCCGCAGAGGCGACUUCGUCCUCUUCCAAAACGCGCUCGCCAUCCACGAGAAGUGGCUGUUCGACAAGGGCUUGCUGCUGGUGCUCACACACCGCCUCCGUCCCCUCCUGUGGCGCUCCCUCGCGCGCAAGACCUUCCUCCUCACAUACGCCCCAGGGCCCGACGACACGAACCCUAACGCGGCGGCAGCACCCUCCCGCCGGGCGGCAACACUGGACCUCGCGGACCUGCACACCACGGCUACGUACCUCCAGCGCAGGCUAGAAGGCUACAUUCCCUCCAAGCACCAGCGCCCCUCCAACGCCACGCCGGCGUUUAUGAAGGCCGUCUCCCACGACGCGUCGUCGACUCUCGUCCCGCCGCCCGGGGGACCGAAGAAGCUGCGGCCGAACGAGGGGCUGGUGUGGGGGAACAGCCCCGUUGAGAUGGACGACGUCGAGAUGAAUGUUGCGACUCUGAUCCAGUUGGGCUUCAUGCAUGGGUACAUUGCGCAUUCGCAGGGACGGUUUGCAGUCAUGGGUGCCACGAAGAAGAGCCCGACGCUGGCGGGGUGGCCGGUACCGUGGACCGCGAUCAAGGAGAGACAGUACGAGGAGGAAGUUGACCUGGACGACGUUCCAGGUUGGGUCAAGGGUUAG